UCAAUUAAAUCCCGCCUCAACUUUGUUAUUGUUUACAUGUGCAUCUCUCUCAAAUUCCGAUUUUUCGUGUCGCAGUUUCAGAUUGUGAUUUUUUAAACUACCGCGAAUGUUUUAAUAUAUUUUACAGUAUAUUAAAUAUAUUACAGUGUUUUAGUGUUCAGUGAUCCCAGAAUGGACCGGAUUCGGUUGACGUAUAAUUUCGACCAAAGCUGUUACUAUGACGAGGAGAAGAAGAUCCGUUUUGAGCCACCGGUUUACGAGCAGAGAUACCUGAUCGUGCUCCGUUUGCUGGAACUCGACUUUUGGAAGAGUUCGUUCAAAAAGAUCGUGGAGUUUGGCUGUGCGGAAAUGAAGUUCUUUACGCUGUUAAAAACAUUACCUGACGUCGAGCAGAUAUUACAAGUCGACAUCGACGAAGAGCUGCUCAACAAAUGGCAACACAGCGUAAGGCCUCUGUUCGUAGACUACAUCCAGCGACGACCGACCCCACUCACCGUCGAAGUUUGGCGCGGAAGCAUAUCCAGUGCUCAUGAAUGCCUCAAAGACACGGAUGUAGUCGUGGGAAUCGAAAUCAUAGAACACUUGCAUGCCGACGUCUUGGAAGGUGUCCCGGAGAAUGUGUUUGGGUUCAUUCGGCCAAAGGUAGCCAUGUUCAGCACGCCAAACUCCGAAUACAACGUCAUGUUCGACGGUCUGCUGGAGAACGGGUUUCGGCACGAUGACCACAAAUUUGAGUGGACGCGGGCACAGUUUGCCGAGUGGUGUGAUGAUAUCCUCCGGAGAUAUCCCGACUACCUAGUGAAAUACUUUGGAAUCGGGCCUCCGCCAAAGGACCACCCGGAGGACAUAGGCUAUGUUAGCCAACUGGCUGUGUUUGUGAGGAAAGACUUCAUCGAUGAACUGGAAGCGCUGAACAUUGGGCAAGCCGGUGAAAGGGAGGCUGGCGCGAGUAAUGCAGGAGGCAGCUCAAAUCCUCCAGAGCCCCCACCUGGAGUUUCAUCGGACCCAGCACAACCGGAAUCCAAAAUCUACUUCGAUGAGGAAGCCAGAGAAAUUGUCAUGGCCAGAGAAGAAGAAGACGCAGAAGUGGUGGAAGCCCAGAACGAGGCGCCAGAGGUGGGAGUCUUUCGAGACGACCUCGAAGACCUAGAAUCGCCAGAAGAAUUCGAAGAUUUCGAAGGAAGUGAUCACGAUGAACCCAAUGCAAGAAUGAUAGACUAUUACAUUCCGGUGGAGCGGUCGCGUAACGAUAGCGGUAAUUACGACGAUGAGCUGUUGGACCCAGGUAGCCACGAGUACAAACUGCUUUACAGCGUAGAAUAUCCGGUUCAGGAACCGGAUAAUCGGGACAGGUCGGAAAAGUUGUUGGAUGAGGCGGAAUACCAAAUUCGACGGCUGAAGUUUAUCGACGAGGAUUUCUACAAUUACGAGGAGAAUCAGUACCAGAUACCACUACAGUUGAUAGCCGAUUGCAUGGUUCAGCAGACCCCCGCAUUGGAAGAGUUGAGGCUAGUUCUGACAAGUGCCUCGUAUCGCAUAUCGGAGCAGAACAUGGUGCUCGUGACGGGUGAGGACGAUUCGGUGGGAAGCGAGGACGACUUUGAGUAUGAUUUGAGGGACGACGAUGACCAGGCAGUCGGAGAUGGUGAAGAUCGGUGGGCAGGUGGAGAGCAGCCAGCGGCUGCUAAAAAUGAAGAACCGGCACAGGGAACUUCGUUCCAAGAAGACGAAGAGCUGUGGGAUUGAUGGAAGUUCGUCCAAGCUAAUAAGGUGUGUGAGAGAGGAGCUGCGGAUGCUGAUGUGGCAUCAAUAAAAACACCUAAAUGCAAA